GUGCAAGUUCUUCAGCCUCACGGAAACCCCAGAGGACUACACCAUCAUUGUGGACGAAGAGGGCUUCCUAGAGCUCCCCUCCUCGGAACACUUAAGCGUGGCCGAUGCGACAUGGCUUGCCCUCAACGUGGUGUCUGGUGGAGGUGGCUUCUCCGGCUCCCAGCCCAUUGGAGUGACCAAAAUUGCCAAGUCAGUAAUAGCACCACUAGCUGACCAAAACAUCUCAGUGUUCAUGCUCUCCACCUAUCAGACGGACUUCAUCCUGGUACGUGAGCGAGACCUGCCCUUCGUGAUGCACACGCUGGCUGCUGAAUUCACCAUCCUGAGAGUAGUGAAUGGGGAGACAGUGGCUGCCGAUGACCUUGGGAUAACGAAUGGAUUUGUCAAACCAAAACUAGUUCAGAGGCCUGUCAUUCAUCCCCUUUCCAGUCCGAGUAAUAUGUUCUGCGUCACCAGCCUGGACCCAGAUACCCUUCCCACUGUUGCUACACUCCUCAUGGAUGUCAUGUUUUACUCCAAUGGAGUAAAAGACUCGGUGGUGGGCAACGAAGACUCUGGACAUAUUCGCUUUUUCUCCUUUUCUCUCAUUGAGGGUUACAUCUCCUUGGUCAUGGAUGUCCAGACACAGCAGAGAUUUCCUAAUAAUUUGUUGUUUACAAGUGCAUCUGGCGAACUCUGGAAGAUGGUGCGGAUUGGUGGGCAGCCUCUUGGCUUUGAUGAGUGUGGAAUUGUCGCUCAGAUUUCUGAGCCUUUGGCCGCAGCCGACAUCCCAGCCUACUACAUCAGUACUUUUAAGUUUGAUCACGCAUUGGUACCUGAAGAAAAUAUAAAUGGUGUGGUCAAUGCACUCCAAGUCAGUCAAGCUGAAAAGCAUUAGAAAUCUUCUGAGCUGGUUCCAGAUGCUUUUUAUUAUUAUAAUUAUAAUUAUU